CUAAAGAGGACAGAAGAACAAAGAAGUUCCGCAUUAACAGGAACUUGACGGAUAAAGAGAUCUGUGGUGUAAACACGAUCAUUAUAAACAUAAGCAGUGAUGAACUCGCUGGUGGGAUACAGAGUGUCAUCUGACUCUGAGGAUGAAGAGGGGACACAGAGCACAGCAGCACAGAUUGAGGAAAAUGAGCCCAAACAGAAGAAAUCAUACAACUUCCUGGUGGAAUCUGGAUCAGCUUCCAGUGAGUCUGAGCCAGAUGAAGAGCAGGAAGAUGAACACGACCCAGUGAAUGAUCUCUCAUCUCCUGAGCACCCAGUUCCUCCUUCAGUCAGUUCUGCUUCUAAUAAACUGCCUUCUCCUGCUCUGGGACGGUUUUGUGUUCCAGUCGGCAGCAGCGUGUUUGCGAACCCUUUUAAAGAACGAGCAGAACAGAAACUCAACGUGCUCCAGAAACACGUCCCGCUCACAUCCCACGCCCAGCCCUCACACAUCGGCGGGAAGAAGGUGUGUGUGGCCUACAGGAAAAAUGGCCGCUGCCGUUUCGGAAUCCGUUGCAAAUUUGCUCAUGACAGCGACCUGCAGCAAAACGUAGCAGAACCUACGGACUCGGACUUGAACGACACUGCGACACACACUCCAGCCUGCAGGGAAUCGGCUGUUGAGAGUAAACAAGUAGACAAGGAGGAGAAUCAGAGCAGGAAGAAGAAGAACCGUGUGGGAGUGAGCGAUAGUUUAAUCCCUCCCAAACGGGCGCUGAAGCAGUACGCCAUGCAGAGGGAAAACGGCUCACAUUCACAUACGUGAAUCCAGGGUGUAAGAAAUAAGAUCUGAACUCAGGGUACAGGGUGUGAUUAAAAUUGCCCCAGGUGUGAUGUGUGAGAGGCUGUGUGUAGUAUUGUGUUUUCAUCAUUCUAGAUAUAACUCCUUCACUGAGACAGGGACACGGAGGCCACGCCUCCUUCACUGAGACUGGGACAUGGAGGCCACGCUUCCUUCACUGAGACUGGGACACGGAGACCACGCCUCCUUCACUGAGACUGGGACAGGGAGGCCACGCCUCCUUCACUAAGACUGGGACACGGAGGCCAAACCAUCAGAGACUGACACCUAUAGUCCACACCUUCUUCACUGAGACUGGAACACAGAGGCCACAUCCUCUUCACUGGGACUCAGAGGCCACGCCUCCUUCACUGAGCCUGACACCCAGAGGCCACACCUUUUUCACUGGGACACAGAGGCCA